AUUGUAUACCGGACAGUCGCCAUUUUGUAUUCUGCCUCGUUUUAUUAAAAAUCAGAUAAUAAUCUCGAUUUAUAGCCGUAUUUAGUGUUAUAUGUGUUUAUUAGACGAUGUCUAAGAGAAGGAUUGAAGUGAUGGAUCCGUUUAUUAAGAAAAAAAGGGAGGAGAAAGCGGCGGCAGCAGCUAAGGCUGGCGGCAGUGAGGCCUCGGAGUCGACGACAGCAGCCACGACGCCCGGCACACCCUCCAGCACACCCGCCAGCACGCCGGGGUUGAACCCAUACACAGGUCUUCCCCACUCCCCUCGCUACCACGAGCUGCUGAGGCGACGUCUCGGCCUGCCGGUGUGGGAGUACAAGAACGACUUCAUGAGACUGUUGAAUACACACCAGUGCGUGGUGCUGGUCGGAGAGACCGGCUCGGGGAAGACCACGCAGAUACCGCAGUGGUGCGUCGAGUUUGCUGCCGUGACCGGCGGACAGGCACACGGGGUGGCCUGCACCCAGCCCCGCAGGGUGGCCGCCAUGUCCGUGGCACAGAGAGUGGCCGAGGAGAUGGACGUGGCGCUGGGGCAACAGGUCGGCUACAGCAUACGGUUCGAGGACUGUUCGGGACCGCAGACCGUACUGAAGUAUAUGACGGACGGUAUGUUGCUGAGAGAGGGAAUGUCCGACCCCAUGCUGGAGCAGUACAGGGUCAUACUGCUGGACGAGGCGCACGAGAGGACCCUCGCCACCGACAUACUGAUGGGGGUGCUCAAAGAGGUCAUCAAGCAGAGGUCCGACCUCAAGCUCGUUAUCAUGUCGGCCACGCUGGACGCGGGCAAGUUUCAACUGUACUUCGACAACGCACCCUUGAUGAACGUACCGGGGCGGACACAUCCCGUCGAAAUAUUCUACACGCCGCAGCCCGAGAGGGACUACCUGGAGGCGGCCAUACGGACCGUCAUACAGAUACACAUCUGCGAGGAGGUGGCCGGGGACAUACUGUUGUUCCUGACCGGCCAGGAGGAGAUCGAGGACGCCUGCAAGAGGAUAAAGAGAGAGAUAGACAACCUAGGACCGGACGUCGGCGAACUCAAGUGUAUACCGCUGUACUCGACGCUGCCGCCCAACCUGCAGCAGAGGAUAUUCGAGCCGGCGCCCCCCAACAGGCCGAACGGCAGGAUCGGCAGGAAAGUGGUGGUCUCCACGAACAUAGCGGAGACCUCGCUCACCAUAGACGGCGUUGUGUUCGUCAUAGACACGGGCUUCUCCAAACAGAAGGUUUACAACCCGCGGGUGAGGGUGGAGUCUCUGCUGGUGUCUCCCAUCAGUAAGGCCUCGGCCCAGCAGCGAGCGGGUCGAGCGGGCCGGACCAGGCCGGGGAAGUGCUUCAGGCUGUACACGGAGAAGGCCUACAAGGACGAAAUGCAAGAUAACACAUACCCCGAGAUCCUGAGAUCAAACUUAGGAUCUGUAGUUUUGCAGUUGAAAAAGCUGGGCAUCGAUGACUUGGUGCACUUUGACUUCAUGGACCCGCCGGCGCCGGAGACGCUCAUGCGCGCGCUGGAGUUGCUCAACUACCUGGCCGCGCUCGACGACGACGGCAACCUGACCGACCUGGGCGCUGUGAUGGCGGAGUUCCCUCUCGACCCUCAGCUGGCUAAGAUGUUGAUCGCCAGCUGUAACCACAACUGUUCCAACGAGAUACUCUCCAUCACCGCCAUGCUGUCAGUCCCGCAAUGCUUCGUGCGUCCCAACGAAGUAAGGAAGGCUGCGGACGAGGCCAAGAUGAGGUUCGCUCACAUCGACGGUGACCACCUCACGCUGCUGAACGUGUACCACGCCUUCAAGCAGAAUAUGGAUGACCCCCACUGGUGUUACGACAACUUCAUCAACUACAGGUCACUCAAGUCUGGUGAUAAUGUCCGGCAACAACUCAGCAGGAUCAUGGACAGGUUCAACCUGAAGAGGACCAGCACCGAGUUCACAAGCAAAGACUACUACAUUAAUAUAAGGAAAGCUCUCGUCAAUGGCUUCUUUAUGCAAGUGGCGCACCUAGAGCGGACCGGCCACUACCUGACGGUGAAAGACAACCAGCAGGUCCAACUCCACCCCUCCACGUGUCUAGACCACAAGCCCGACUGGGUCAUAUACAACGAGUUCGUGCUCACCACCAAGAACUACAUACGAACAGUCACCGACAUCAAACCGGAGUGGUUGCUCCGGAUCGCCCCGCAGUACUAUGAGUUGUCCAACUUCCCGCCGUGCGAGGCGCGGAGGCAGCUGGAACUGCUGCAAGCGAGGCUCGAUUCCAAACUGUACCAGGAGGGGUUCUAGAGGCGCCCACCGCCGGCCACAGCACGGACACACACGUCGCGGACGUGCGAGCGACGCUCCUCACGACGAAUAUGACGCAAAAAAGAAUUUCCUUUUUAAUUUAAUUUCCGUUACAGGCUCCACGCUACAGUAAUCAUAACGGGACUGGUCCCUUGUAUCGCUGCGAUUUCAUCGUCUCUUGAACUCAUCUUGUGUUUUCGUGGGGAGUGCGGGCUCGGGGAAAGGACUGACAGACAGUGCAGUGUUUAUUAAAGAUAUGUGUAACAUUACAA